GUGUGUGUAUAAAGAUCUCCAGCUUGUGAAAAGCUUCAGGGAGAACUGCACAGUGUUCUUUCCCUUCAGCUGGUUUGUGGGUUUCUGGAUGUUUUUACCUCUCUUCUCUGGACUUAGCAAGAAAAAAAAUGCAGGACACCUUUUGGAUCUUGUUGAUGUUCACAGGAGCUGCUUCAGCUCAGCAUGUGACUGAGCCCAACAUCACCAUGAGCACCAAUACAAUGGACAACAACGUUAAUCUGCUUUGUUGGUUGGAUGGUUUUUCUCCGAAAAAAAUAAGUGUUGCGUGGUACAAGGGUAAUAUGUUGCACACAGAGAAGACAACCAUGAAGAUAUUCGAAAAUCUCAACAAUGGAGAAAGGACGUUUGGUGCACUGAGCCAACUCAGCAUUAAUGCACAGCAAUGGAAUGAAGGCACAGAGUUCACCUGUAAAGCCACACACAACUCCAAGAUCUUCAGUCAAACAUGGAGCAAGUGCAAAGCUGAACCAACAUCCAAACCACUGAUACGUCUGGAGAAACCUGGUCUCAUGUCAGUAUUGACAGAUUCAGAAGUAACAGCUUCCUGUGUUGUUGAAACUGUGCACAAUACCAAAGUGUCAUGGUUUGUAGAUGGAAGGGAAAAAACAGACAGAGUCACCUUGAAGACACUGGACGGGAGAACUGUUAGCAACCUGACUAUCUCUACAAACGAAUGGAAAAACUGGCAGACAGUAAAAUGCACCGCUGCACAUCUAUGUUUUGGCACAGUAGAGAAGACAAUUAAUAUUCUAGAACCUGUGCAGAAAACUCCUACAGUGGUGAUCAGGAGGAAUCUGGCAGACAUACUGAAGGGAGACAGUACAGUACUGGAGUGUGCUGCAAGAGAUCUGCCCUCUGGUGAGCUCUCGGUCAUCUUACAUGCCAAUGGAAUAAGGGUCCUUGAACCUCAGUAUGUGGAUCUGCCCAAAGGAGUGGACACUCUGACUGCACGCUUCACUGUUCCCACAACACACAGAAACAAAAACCAACGGUUCACCUGUCAGAUUCAGCAAAGCCGUUCCAAACAGUGGACAUCCAAUUCUAUAGAAAACCUUUUUGGUGACCCUUCAGUGGAACUUUCAGCUGUUUCCAACACUGAUAACUCUGGAUCAAUUACACAAAAACUUAUUUGUUCUGGAACUGGAUUCAACCCACAAAUUAAGUGGCUCCAUAAAUCUGUGCCAAAUGCUCUUACAGAAGUGAUGAUGCAAGGAGAUGGACGUGUGAAAGUAUCCAGUGAGAUAUUGGUUCAACAACAGGAGUGGAAUAUUGAUUGUGUAUGUGAGGUCAGUGAUCAGGAUAAUCCCAAACAUGUCCAGAAGAGCACCAGAGUUUGUGCAGCUCAUUCAACUGUCAAGCCACUGAUACGUCUGGAGAAACCUGGUCUCAUGUCAGUAUUGACAGAUUCAGAAGUAACAGCUUCCUGUGUUGUUGAAACUGUGCUCAAUAGCAGAGUGUCGUGGUUUGUAGAUGGAGGGGAAAAAACGAACAGAGUCACCUUGAAGACACUAGACGGGAGAACUGUUAGCAACCUGACUAUCUCUACAGACGAAUGGAAAAACUGGCAGACAAUAAAAUGCACAGCUAAACAUCCAUGUUUUGACACAGUAGAGAAGACAAUUAAUAUUCUAGAACCUGUGCAGAAAACUCCUACAGUGGUGAUCAGGAGGAAUCUGGCAGACAUACUGAAGGGAGACAGUGCAGUACUGGAGUGUGCUGCAAGAGAUCUGCCCUCUGGUGAGCUCUUGGUCAUCUUACAGGCCAAUGGAAUAAGGGUCCUUGAACCUCAGUAUGUGGAUCUGCCCAAAGGAGUGGACACUCUGACUGCACGCUUCACUGUUCCCACAACACACAGAAACAAAAACCAACGGUUCACCUGUCAGAUUCAGCAAAGCCGUUCCAAACAGUGGACAUCCAAUUCUAUAGAAAACCUUUUUGGUGACCCUUCAGUGGAACUUUCAGCUGUUUCCAACACUGAUAACUCUGGAUCAAUUACACAAAAACUUAUUUGUUCUGGAACUGGAUUCAACCCACAAAUUAAGUGGCUCCAUAAAUCUGUGCCAAAUGCUCUUACAGAAGUGAUGAUGCAAGGAGAUGGACGUGUGAAAGUAUCCAGUGAGAUAUUGGUUCAACAACAGGAGUGGAAUAUUGAUUGUGUAUGUGAGGUCAGUGAUCAGGAUAAUCCCAAACAUGUCCAGAAGAGCACCAGAGUUUGUGCAGCUCAUUCAACUGUCAAGCCACUGAUACGUCUGGAGAAACCUGGUCUCAUGUCAGUAUUGACAGAUUCAGAAGUAACAGCUUCCUGUGUUGUUGAAACUGUGCUCAAUAGCAGAGUGUCGUGGUUUGUAGAUGGAGGGGAAAAAACAAACAGAGUCACCUUGAAGACACUAGACGGGAGAACUGUUAGCAACCUGACUAUCUCUACAGACGAAUGGAAAAACUGGCAGACAAUAAAAUGCACAGCUAAAAAUCCAUGUUUUGACACAGUAGAGAAGACAAUUAAUAUUCUAGAACCUGUGCAGAAAACUCCUACAGUGGUGAUCAGGAGGAAUCUGGCAGACAUACUGAAGGGAGACAGUACAGUACUGGAGUGUGCUGCAAGAGAUCUGCCCUCUGGUGAGCUCUCGGUCAUCUUACAUGCCAAUGGAAUAAGGGUCCUUGAACCUCAGUAUGUGGAUCUGCCCAAAGGAGUGGACACUCUGACUGCACGCUUCACUGUUUCCACAACACACAGAAACAAAAACCAACGGUUCACCUGUCAGAUUCAGCAAAGCCGUUCCAAACAGUGGACGUCCAAUUCUAUAGAAAACCUUUUUGGUGACCCUUCAGUGGAACUUUUAGUUAUUUCCAGUGUGGAUAAAUCUGCAUCAGCGACACAAAAACUUCUUUGCGCUGCAACUGGACUUAACCCAAAGAUAAAGUGGCUCCCUGAAUCUGUAGUAAAUGCUCUCAAUGGUCUCAGUAAAGUAACAGUGGAUUCAGAUGGACGUGUGAAAGUGUCCAGUGAGAUUUCAGUUCCACAGCAACAGUGGAAUAAUAGAGUUACAUUUACCUGCCGAGUCAGCGAUCAGGAUCCUCUGAAACCAGUUGAGAAGAGCACCAGUAUUUGUGCAGUGACUCCAGAUUUUGCUCAGAAGGCACAGGUUUAUCUGUUGGCUCCCUCCAUUAGUGACAUGAGAGCAAAUCAUCAUGUCUCUGUCACCUGUCUGCUAUUGGGCCACAGGCUCAAUGACUUCUCGAUUGUUUGGAAAAUAGGAAAAGACAUCACCUCUCAGGGUGUGACCACACAACCUCUCAGAGUCCACAGCAAUGGAACAGAGUGUGUCCGAAGUGUUCUAAAGGUUCCAGCUGCAAAGUGGAAUGCAUACAAAACUGUUUCCUGUGAAGUGACACACCUCUGCGGCACCAAGAAAAUGGAGCACACCAUCUCUAAAACCAGAGGCUCAGACCGCAAAAGUCCCACCGUCCGAAUUCUCAGUCCCAGUGAUGACGAUCUGUCAGGAGUUCGCAACACAUAUCUUCUCUGCUUGGUCGACGGCUUCCGCCCUGCUGAUAUCUCUGUGCACUGGGAGCUGAAUGGCAGCCGGCUGGAUGCAUCUCAGUUCAUGAACAGUCCAGUCGGCAUUCGCUCUGCGUGGAGUGAUUAUUCCAUGCACAGCGCACUGAUAUUACCAGCAUCAAAAAGGGAGGACGGCACUUUUUCCUGUGUGGUCAGCCAUGAGUCAUCUGAAAAGCCAAUCAGGAACUCGAUUAACAACAUAUACGAACCUGUGCAGAAAACUCCUACAGUGGUGAUCAGGAGGAAUCUGGCAGACAUACUGAAGGGAGACAGUGCAGUACUGGAGUGUGCUGCAAGAGAUCUGCCCUCUGGUGAGCUCUCUGUCACCUUCCAGGCCAAUGGAAUAAGGGUCCUUGAACCUCAGUAUGUGGAUCUGCCCAAAGGAGUGGACACUCUGACUGUACGCUUCACUGUUCCCACAACACACAGAAACAAAAACCAACGGUUCACCUGUCAGAUUCUGCAAAGCCGUUCCAAACAGUGGACGUCCAAUUCUAUAGAAAACCUUUUUGGUGACCCUUCAGUGGAACUUCUAGUUAUUUCCAGUGUGGAUAAAUCUGCAUCGGCGACACAAAAACUUCUUUGCGCUGCAACUGGACUUAACCCAAAGAUAAAGUGGCUCCCUGAAUCUGUGGUAAAUGCUCUCAAUGCUCUCAGUACAGUAACGGUGGAUUCAGAUGGACGUGUGAAAGUGUCCAGUGAGAUUUCGGUUCCACAGCAACAGUGGAAUAAUAGAGUUAUAUUUACCUGCCGAGUCAGUGAUCAGGAUCCUCUGAAACCUGUUGAGAAGAGCACCAGUAUUUGUGCAGUGACUCCAGAUUUUGCUCAGAAGGCACAGGUUUACCUGUUGGCUCCCUCCAUCAGUGACAUGAGAGCAAAUGAUCAUGUCUCUGUCACCUGUCUGCUAUUGGGCCACAGGCUCAUUGACUUCUCGUUUGUUUGGAAAAUAGGAAAGGACAUUACCUCUCAGGGUGUGACCACACAACCUCUCAGAGUCCACAGCAAUGGAACAGAGAGUGUCCGAAGUAUUCUAAAGGUUCCAGCUAGAAAGUGGAACGCGUACACAACUGUUUCCUGUGAAGGGACACACCUCUGCUCCACCACGAAUAUGGAGCACACCAUAUCUAAAACCAGAGCCUCAGACCGCAAAAGUCCCACCGUCCGAAUUCUCAGUCCCAGUGAUGACGAUCUGUCAGGAGUUCGCAACACAUAUCUUCUCUGCUUGAUCGACGGCUUCCGCCCUGCUGAUAUCUCUGUGCACUGGGAGCUGAAUGGCAGCCGGCUGGAUGCAUCUCAGUUCAUAAACAGUCCAGUCGGCAUUCGCUCUGCGUGGAGUGAUUAUUCCAUGCACAGCGCACUGAUAUUACCAGCAUCAAAAAGGGAGGAUGGCACUUUUUCCUGUGUGGUCAGCCAUGAGUCAUCUGAAAAGCCAAUCAGGAACUCAAUUAACAACGUAUACGCCUCUGUGACUGAAAAUGCUCCCUCUGUGGAGCUGCUGCAGGGUCAAAAUAAACUGGUGUGUCUGGUGUACGGUUAUAGCCCUUCAGCCAUUAACAUCACCUGGCUCCUAAAUAGUGUGAGUGUACAGCAUGAUGACAGCACCAACAGCUCUGCCAAAAGGCCUGAUGGGAAAUUCAGCAUUAAAAGCCAUCUGAAGGUCCAGGCCUCUGAAUGGGCACCUGGUGACACUUACACAUGCCUUGUCGAGCACAUCACUGGCAUCGUUACUCGCGACAUCUCCAAAAAAGAAUUUACUGAAGAGACGAUAUACUUUGAUGAAAACAAGUAUGAGCAGCUGUUGACGGCACCUUCUAGAGUUUAGAUUAAGGAUUCUAAUAAUGCUUUAUUGCUGUAUUUGUUUGAUUGAAAAUUUUAAUGACUAGUUUUAAGUUGAUAGAUGCAAGUGAGUAACAAGUUGAAUAAAUAAAGAAAAAAAAUAAAUGUACUUGAUGCUGAAUAUUAGGGUGUCUAUCAGCUGUUGUUUCAUUUUUGAGACGUUUAUUCAAAUGAAGGGUAUAUAUUCAAAACCAUUCCUUAAUUUCAAU